AUGCCGUCACCAUGUGUUACCUCCAAAACCGGACCAGCCCCCGUCGUCCGUGAUGAAGGUGAAGCCGCCCCAAAGCCAGACAUUGCUGAUCCAGAGGACCAGCCCGCGGCCGUGACGCAGCCUAAAUGGACUCGCUACCUCCCCUCCGUCUUCUUCCUCGCCGUCUUCCUCGCCCUGCUGUUCCUGCUCGUCUUCCUUCUCAUUCCUUCCCCCAUGGGCAUCACAGGGAGCCAGCCGGCGCGCGAGGAGCCAGAGGACUCGGCCGCCAACAACCCUGUCGUCGAUCUUGGCUACUCCAGAUAUGCCGGCACAUAUCUCAAUAACGGCGUGAGCCAAUAUCUUGGCAUCCGGUACGCCCGCCCACCCACUGGCGAUCUCAGAUGGCGGGCCCCCGUCGAGCCCGAGCAGACAGAAGGCAUCCAGAAAGCAAAAGAGUUCGGCCCAGUUUGUCUCGGGCUACGUGACACAGCCGGCAACGAGGUUGAUGAGGAUUGCCUGACCGCAUACAUCUGGGGCCCAGCCAAUGUCACGGCAGAGACAAGGCUGCCCGUCAUGGUUUUUAUACAAGGUGGCGGUUAUACACACAACGCCAACGCCAACUGGAACGGCUCGCAGCUGGUUGAGGCUUCAGGUCUCAACAUUGUCUAUGUAUCUUUCAACUACCGGGUCGGACUUUGGGGGUUCCUCGCCGGAGAAGAAGUGCGCAAGGACGGCGUCCUCAACGCCGGUCUUCUCGAUCAGCGCUUCCUUCUUCAAUGGGUGCAAAAGCAUAUCGCUUCUUUCGGAGGCGACCCUGAUCAUGUUGUCAUCCAAGGCUUGUCAGCCGGCUCAGGCUCCGUUGCCCUCCACAUGGCUGCUUACGGCGGCCGGGACGACAAGCUCUACGCAGGGUCCAUCUUGCAGUCGACCUUUCUACCCGCUCAUCCUCCGGUUAGCGAACUUGAGUGGCAGUUUAACCACACGGCGGAGCAGGCAGGCUGCCAAAAUGCCGCUGACCGGAUGAAGUGUCUGAGAUCCAUGAGCAGAGACGACCUCCAGAAGCUCAACGACGCCAGCCCGUUCCCCGGAAGGGCCUCGAACCCCUUUUACUACUGGACGCCAUGUCUCGACGGCGAGCUGCUGCAGGACCAUGUCACUGAGAUGUUUGCCCAGGGGAAGUUCCACAAGGUCCCUGCAUUGCUUGGCACAGUCACAAAUGAGGGAUCCACCUUUGUCCCUGACGUUUCUUCUGCCGACCAGCUGGUCAGCUCCCUCGUCGAUAACUUCCCCAAGCUCAACUCCUCACACACAGACGAACUGAUCACCCUGUACCCCAAGGAAGAUCCCGUCCCCCAACAUGAUUCGUACUUCCCUUCGCUCUCCCGGGCGUACGGAGAAGGGACCUUCAUAUGCCCAACCCGUACUAUUCUCAAUGCUCUCUGUGAGUCUGGGGAUACAGCAACUUGGUCUUACCGUUAUAAUGUCGAGGACAACGAAACGGUUGCAGAAGGCUUCGGUGUACCCCAUGUGUCAGAGGCCCCGGCUGUUUGGGCACCGGAAAUGCUCACUUCUCGGCCAAAGGAGAGUUACUUCACCUACAAUGCCGGCUCUGUCUCGCUUGUGAUGCAUUAUUGGUUGAGCUUCGUCCGAUUCCUUGACCCCAACAUCCAACGGAUGGAUGGAGCCCCGGUCUGGCAUCCUUGGUCGGGCAACCAGAGUAGGCUCGUAUUGCAGCUCCCAGAACCCGUGAUGGAAAAUGUCACUCAACUAGAGAGAGCCAGGUGUGACUUUUGGCAGAGUAUCGGACCUGCCAUUAAUCAACGAUAG